UAUGCAGCAGGAGCAGCGCUGGCCUUUGCUUGUCAGACCGACUGGCUGGGCAGAGGAAGGAGCCCAAGUCUAGGGUCUCAGCCCAGGCCAUGCAAAAACAAGCACUGAGAUGGGCUGAGAAGCAGGAAAAGCUUCACUCACAGCUGGCGGCUCUGAUAAAACUUACUCAACUCUGCUCCCCUGGCAAGUGCCCCUCGGGUUAAACAGCUCCAGGCUGCUGGGGCUGUGGAUAGACUCUGGCUAUGGACUGGGGUCCCAGCCCUCUCAACCAGACAGAGCUGAAGGCCCCUCAGCAGUCCAUCCCUGAGUGUCCCAUCUGCUACGGCCCCUACGACAACAUCUUCCAGAGGCCCCUGCUUCUCCCUUGCGCUCACACCUUCUGCCUGGAAUGCCUGUCGAGGAUCUGCGUCUUCGUGAAACAAGCCCAGACCUUCCCCUGUCCUCUUUGCAGAGCCCAAGUGCCCGUCCCUGACGGAGGGAUCCCCAAACUCCCGCCCAAUAUGGACAUCGUGACCCAGUUCCCUCCAUGGCUGCAGACCCUGCAGGAGGUCUGGCUAGAUGGACACAGACUAUGCUGGAUCAAACAGCUGUCCUUGCCCUGUCAAAUGAGAGCCAGUGAAGAAGCCCCUGAGAUGCUGGUUACAGUGGAGUUAUUAUACAACCCAGCCCCUCGGGACGUCAGUGGAAGAGAUCUGAUCGAUAUCCACCAUGCCUCCCGCCUGUCCAUGUGCAGGGGGCUAUGCCAGCUCCUGUGGGAGCGUCGCCUGGCUGUAUUCUGGAUCGCUAUCCUGCUACUGGUGUUGAUCGUUUUACCCAUCAUUCUUAUAUCUGAUUCCCACAUGACCAGGACUCCGGAAGGUCAACGCCAGGGAGCCUUUCCGACAGCAGAUGCCCCAAGCAGCAGGUCACAGCGCUUCUAGCAACUUGCCAUCCUCCACUUGUGUGUAACACAGUGCACCUACUGCUUUCCUUCGCCUGCCCAGGAGAGCCAGAGGGAGCCCACUAGUAGCCCAGUGGAUAGCUUGGUGCUGGGGAGCUGCUGGGGCUGGACCAUAGCUAUUGCCCCAGCCUUGAGAGGCCUGGCCGCAGCUGUUGUGUUGUGCUGAAGGGCUCUGCUCAGGCCCAGCUUGGAAAAGUUUCCAAGGACCAAGGACCAAAUUCAGGAUGAAGUGAGCUGUAGCUCAAGAAAGCUUAUGCUCAAAUAAAUUUGUUAGUCUCUAAGGUGCCACAAGUCCUCCUUUUCUUUUUAUAAAUCAGCCUGAUUCUAACGAAGCCAGAGGAGUUGCACUUGCUUAUGCUGGGGCUGAGCUUGGCUCCAAAUGUGUUUCUGCACUGUGAUAACUGUAGCCCCUUUGCCUUGGUACAUACAGGUCAGCCCAUCAGUUCGGUAUGAGAGCGGGGCAGAGUCCAGCCUCCUGGGCUCAGAAUGUGCCUGCUGGUCCAUUCUGAGCGGACGGGAGGAGACAGCCCAGGGAUGUUUAACAUCGAGGGACGGAAUGGAGAGGUAAACACACUCGGCAUGAAGUGCCCUUUGCAGCAGCCAAAUGCAACAGAUGCAGAUUGUCACUGGAGGGCACAGAGGGUGAUGCCACCCACCUGCCCGGUCCCUGAGCCUGCCCUUGCCGCAUGACCAAAAGCUGCAACAACUUGCUCCUGAAAUGCCAGAUGAGAGAACAUGCAGCAUGGUGACUUUCCAUGCAAGGGGUGGAAGUUAUGCAGCAGAUGCCAACCUCUCCUCCCUCCAAAAGAUGCAAUAUUUGGCUGAGGCAGCCAGCGUCAAGCAAGACAGAGGGGCAGAUGCAGGUGAUAGCUGCUGGAAGAUAGCUACAGUAGAGAGAAUAGAAGGCAGAUGACAUGUGCAUGGCUAAAGUAGAGGCCUGGGAGUCCUGGGUUCUGGUUUUGGCUCUUCCAUAGGCUGCCUGUGUGAACUGGGGCAACUCACUGCUGCUGCCUGCCUCAGUUUCUCCAUCUGUAAGAUGGGAUAAUUACACUUGCUUCCUUGUGGGAUAUGAGGGUUCAUUAAUGGUUCAAUGGUACUGGUCCAUUAUUAGAUGGAAAUGGUAGAAUUCUCAAUGAUAAUACA